GUCAUUUUUUAACGGAAGUAACUAAGAGUUAAAAAUGGCUACCUUGGAGAAACUUUUCGAUUCUAUGGAAGAAGCCGAGAAAUUUAUAACACAUGAAGAAAUACGUACAACUACCCAUUUUGUCACACGCAAGACACGUAAUGUCAAUAAGUCACAUUUAGAUUGUUCAUCAUUAUCAAAACACAAGAUAUACUGGUUAAAGGACCGUGUACCGUAUAUGAUAUUUGGGCACAUAGCAAAGCAUUGUCAUCAAGGAGGAAUAAGCCAGUACAAAGAAGAAGAUUUAAUCGAGGGGGAUGUGGUGGAUGAUCAUGAUGCAUACGUCCAAUCUAGACAACGUCAACCUUAUAAGAGUAAGAAAGUAAACUGCCCUGCAAGAAUAAUAAUAAAAAAGAUUUUGAGUUUUCCAGAUUAUAAAAUAGAUCCGAAUAAUACAUCAAAAUUUAGAAGAGAUAAAAUGGUGAACCAAUUGAAAAAAGAGUUUUCUCUAAAGACAAAAAGAAUCCUACAAGUGUCUGUAGCAUUCUUUAAUAACCAUGAAAAUCAUGAUUUGUCAGAGUUGGCUGGCAACGUGCUGUCACCAGAUCCGGCAGUUAUCAGACAAAUACACAAGUUAGUGGAGGAAGGUGUUCGUAGCGUCAGUGAUAUGAAAGUGCACCUAGACCUAUUUGUUGCCGAUCACAUUCUCAAAAACUUCCCAGAUUCCAUAAUUACCAAGACAAACCAACGUUUUUAUCUCACAGACAAGAAUAUUCGUAAUCACAUGUACCGUGCAAUAUCAAAAGCUAGGUUCAGAAAUUUAGAAAUGCUGAUAGAUGGAAAUAGCGUAACUUUUCAACUGGACAAAGAAACAUUUGAUAAGGCAAUGUCAGGUGAUUCUGAGACAAUGGAGAUCUUAAAGGCAAAUUACACAUGUCUGGGCUUAGAGAACUGUCAGAAAACUACUGAUACCAGUUGCUUGGAUGGCACUGUUGAGGUUAACAAUGAUGUUACUGAUGUCGGCGAUGGCACUACUGUUUCUAGCUCAUCUAGUGAUGAUGAUUCGAUGCCAAGGGGGGCUGUUCUACUUCUAAUAGAAUUUCACAAGACCAUGGCCAAUGAUAAUACGUCAAAGAACAGAGUAUUUUGGGAAGCUGCAUCCAAAACACUUGCAGAACAUGGUUACUAUUUUUCAUGGAUUCAUCUGAUAAAUAAAUGGACGAGUCUCGUACUGACCUACAGGAGGGUCAAGGAUCAUUUCGACAAAACUGGGCUCAACACCAUAACCUGUGAAUUCUUCGAUGAAUUAAAUAACUAUUUGGACGACCAGCCUUCCACACAGACCCCUGAUAUGAGUGCAUUGUGCUUAACGCCUGGAAACACCCAUCUGUAUGAAGAACCUCAUGACACAGAAAUUACCAUCGAACUGGAGGAAGAACCCGAUUCUCCGGCUUCAAGGAAAAGAAAAAAUUCGCAAAUGGAUCAAGAGGAUCGAUACGCAAAAGUAGUGAAAUUAUUGGAAGAUGCCGAAGCAGCGAGAAAGGCAGACCAUGAGCAACUUUUAGAAGAAAUCAGAAAACAGAGUGAAUCUGCUAAAGAACGGGAGUUAGCAUUGAUAGACAUUUUAAAACAUGUACUAGUAAAAUUAUAACAUACAUCUCAAUAAAGUAAGAAAUGAAA